GUAUUCAGUCGGUGUGGCUGCGACCAACAAUCUCAUUCUUAAACUUUAAGAAUAUCACACAAAAAAAGAACGUAUUGCGUUACUACCGACUUUUUAGUAUUUAUUUUCACUCGGAAUUUAUUUUUUUCAUUCUUUGGGUGACAAAACACCAACUGAGCUGACGGUUCAUUCGGUAAAGGUCGUUCCUUUCCUGCUCUUCACCUAGAAUUUAAUUCUUAUCAGAUAUUAUUUGUCAAGCCGCCAAAGUGGAGAGUGUCGUUGCACAAGGGGGACCUUCUCGUUUCAGUGUAGGGGGAGGAGGUGGGGGUGCACCUCAGCACUAUCCCAAGACUGUCUGCAACAGCGAGUUCCUGGGGAAAACCCCAGGUCCUGGCGUUCAGAGAUGGGUACCUUCUCGAACCACUAGACGAGAUGUCGUCCCCGCCAAAGACAAAGGGCAACAUGAUGCAAUGUUCAGGAAAGUGAGAGGCAUACUUAAUAAGCUGACACCAGAGAAGUUUGACAAACUAUGCCUGGAGCUCCUCAAUGUUGGUGUAGAUUCAAAAUUUGUCUUAAAGGGAAUCAUCUUGUUGAUUGUUGAUAAAGCCCUUGAGGAGCCCAAGUACAGUCAACUCUAUGCGCAACUAUGUCUUCGUUUGGCAGAAGAUGCACCAAACUUUGAGGCUCCAUCUGCAGAAAGUCAAGCAACACAAAAACAGAAUACUACCUUCAGAAGACUUUUGAUCUCCAAGCUUCAAGAUGAGUUUGAGAACCGUGCCAAGAAUGUCGACCUCUUUGACAAGACUGAUGGCCCUCUCACCUCUGAAGAGGAGGAGCAGCGUGCUAUCGCAAAGAUCAAGAUGUUGGGCAAUAUCAAAUUUAUCGGAGAACUGGGCAAACUCAAUCUUAUCCACGAAUCGAUCCUUCAUAAGUGCAUCAAAACACUUUUGGAGAAGAAGAAGAGAGUCCAACUUAAAGAUAUGGGUGAAGACUUGGAAUGCCUCUGUCAGAUAAUGAAAACAGUGGGGCCUAAACUUGAUCAUGAUAAGGCCAGGUCUUUGAUGGAUCAGUACUUUGGCCGUAUGCGAUCUUUGGCAAAUAACAAGGAACUGCCAGCGAGGAUUCGGUUCCUGCUGCAGAACACAGUGGAGCUGCGAGGGGACCGCUGGAAACCUCGCAAAGCGUAUGUUGACAAUGGGCCAAAGACCAUCAACCAAGUUCGUCAGGAAGCAGUAAAGGAUUUGGGUGUUUUCAUUCCCCAAGCAAAUGAUGCGAUGAGGAAUGACUUCUUCAUGGACAACGCUUCCUUUCUGCCAGGAAAGAUGAAGUUUGACAGGGAACCUCUUGGUGGACUGGCUGACAUGUUUGGACAAAUGCCUGGGAUUGGGAUUGGGACAGGUCCAGGAGUAAUUCAGGACCACUAUUCUCCAACCAUGGGUCGUCAUCGUGCAAAUCCACUCUUUAAUGGCCAUAAUGGAAAUGGUUCACACCAGCCACAGUUUGAAGCAGGAGGCAAACCUUUCAACAAACCAAACCAGGGGCAGAAUUCACCUGUUUUCAGCCAUAAGCAGAAUCACUCAGUGCAGAUGCAGUCAAAGGAUAUGGGUCCACGGUUUGGCAAGAAGGGGAAACUCAAUGCUGAUGAGAUCAGUCUGAGGCCAGCACAGUCCUUCAUCUUGAAUAAGAACCAAGUGCCGAAGAUGCCACCACAGAUGGCUAUGAUUCCACGAGCAGGUUCUCCAAUAGGACAGCUCGGCUUAAAAACCAAUCCUCCUCCAAUUCAGGAAAAACCUACAAAAUCCAAUAAAAGAGCUCCUCCGACAAAGGAGGAAAUGCGCAAAAUGACUGAGACACUAGUGGCAGACUACCUGAACAGCAAAAACAUGGACGAGGCCAUUAAUGCUGCUAAGGAGAUAAGAGCUCCGAAGCACUUUUUGUCCGAGAUGCUGAACAAGAUCAUAGUCUACACCCUUGAACGCUCAGAUGAGGACAAGGAACAUGCAAGCAGCCUGAUUCAUGCACUCUGCACUGAGGGCCUCGUCACUGGUGAAAAUGUAAUGCAAGCUUUUCUGGGUGUUCUGGACCAGUGUCCCAAGAUUGAGGAGGAAAUCCCUCUGGUCAAGUCUUACCUGGCACAGUUUGCAGCAAGAUCCAUUAUUGCUGAACUGGUCAGCAUCAGUGAUUUGGCCCAUAAUCUAGAGAAUGGGGCCCAUUUCCCAUUGUUCCUGCUUUGCCUGCAACAGAUGGUCAAACUGAAGGAUCGUGACUGGCUAAUGGACCUGUUCCAGCAGAGCAAGGUCAACAUGCAGAAGAUGCUGCCUGAAAUCGACCAGAACAAGGACAGGAUGCUGGAGAUUCUGGAGGGCAAGGGUCUCAGCUUUUUGUUCCCACUGAUGAAACUGGAGAAAGAGUUGUUGAAGCAGAUCAAAGUGGAUCCCUCACCACAGUCGAUCUACAAGUGGAUCAAAGACAACAUCUCUCCUAAACUCCACACAGACAGAGGCUUUGUCAACAUACUCAUAACCAGUUUCCUGCAGUAUAUUGCUUAUGAGAUCAACCCAGAUGACGACGAAGAGCAGCUUGCAGCGCCCAGUAAGGAGCAGCUGGAUGAAGAGAAGCAGCUGAUGCUAUCUUUCAAGCCAGUAAUGCAGAAGUUCCUCCACGAUCACAUUGACCUGCAAGUCGGUGCGCUGUAUGCCCUGCAGGUGCACUGCAAUGCCAAAGGUUUCCCCAAAGGCAUGUUGCUGCGCUACUUUGUGAACCUCUACGACAUGGAAAUAAUUGAAGAAGAAGCCUUCCUCUCAUGGAAAGAAGAUGUCAACCAAGAGUAUCCAGGGAAGGGGAAAGCAUUAUUUCAGGUGAACCAGUGGCUGACUUGGCUGGAGACUGCAGAGGAAGAGGAGUCAGAAGAGGAAGAUUACUGAGAAAUGGGCCAAAGCCAUGUGUUGUUGUGAUGCAAUGAGUGAAAUUAUUUUUCCCCCCUUUUUUUUUUUUCUCUCCUUGCAAUGUCUUUUUUUUUUUUUUUUUUUUCUCCAUCAAUUGUUACAGUUAAAAACCAUAUGAAAUGUUUUGCCAAACAAACCAGCAUCAAUAUCUCCCACUUAUAUUUCUAAUUUUCUAGCCGUUUGACCCUCCAACAGAUGUUUUAUACAUUUCACUUGUCUUGAGCAAUAUUUUCUUUAACAUUUAGCAGUCUCUUUCAGGGAAAAAUUCAUCAGAACCUGACCCACUUUGUCACCCUAGGAGUCACCAAGUGCUGUCCUAACAGUUUCCUUUGAACUGUUUACAGAAGAGAACAAAUGACUAAGACUUCUAUGUUUUAUCUGCAUUUGUAAGUCAAUUUUUAGCUGCACUUUGCUCAAAAUCACGAGUUGUUGGAAUUAUUAAAAUAUGCUCUCCUUGAUUAAUUUGUUGCCGAUACAUGCUGAUGAGUUUCUUUUGCUUUACAAAUAGACAAUUUUCUGAAAUAACUGGGUUUGAUUUCCAUCUGUGGCCAACAUUACUUUCACAACAUGCUAUUGGUUACCCACAUUAAGUUAGAUGAUUGCAGAGCUUUUUUUUUUUUUAAAUUGAGUGUUUCAUGCCGUUAGGAAAGAAUUUGUGUGGCCUUUUUUUAAUUUAUCUGUUCAUAUGGAUAUACCUCUAAUAUCUGACUAUACUUGAAUGUCUUGGUUUUUGACAUUGAGACAGCCAAAGCUCAGAUUUUGGGCUAUGGUUGUUCACCACUUGUGAAAAUUUUGUCUGUUUGCAAUAUGUCAAGUUCUUAAAUGGUCUUUAUAUCUUCAUGAAAUUACAAGGGGUGUCAUUGCAAUGUUAUAAGUUCAAGAUGUUGAGUUUACAACUAAAGAUCAACCUUGAAUAAAGUCUAACUGUUUUAA